AAUCUCAUUCAACCAUCUCCAUCAUCCUCAGCUUCACCUCACUUCACACUCUCAUUUCUUCCGGUUAUCAUCCCUUUGUGAGCUUGGCAGAUUUUUGAAGCUGUCACAAUUGACUUUUAUCCCUAUUGUGUGGUAGCCCCAGCAUCCUCGAAACUCCAUUGCGUCGUUGCCGUUGAGCUAGCUGCCUACUUGUCAAUAUGCCUGGCUUCGACUUCUCUAACUACAACCGCAAUGCGGCCCUACACGCCAGAGGCGCUCCUUUGCCAAAAGCUACCAGUACAGGUACAACUAUUGUCGGAUGUAUAUACGACAAAGGUGUAGUGAUUGCAGCAGAUACACGAGCCACAAGCGGUCCUAUUGUCGCCGAUAAAAACUGCGAAAAGCUCCAUUUCAUCUCCCCCCAGAUCUGGUGCGCCGGUGCAGGAACAGCAGCCGACACCGAAUUCACAACGGCUCUUAUCAGCUCAAAUAUCGAAUUACACUCGUUGUCAACAGGUCGACCACCCCGUGUUGCUACCUGCAUGACUAUGCUUAAGCAGCACCUUUUCAGAUAUCAGGGACACAUUGGCGCCUAUCUCGUGGUCGCUGGUGUCGACCCUACCGGCACCCAUCUCUUCACCGUACACGCACACGGUUCGACCGACAAACUGCCCUAUGUGACUAUGGGUUCCGGAUCGCUCGCCGCCAUGUCCGUAUUCGAAUCAAUGUGGAAACCAAACUUGGACAAAGAAGGUGCUAUCGCUCUCUGCUCCGAGGCCAUUUUGGCCGGUAUCUUCAAUGACUUGGGAUCCGGUAGCAACGUCGAUGUCUGCGUUAUCGAGAAGGAUCAACCCACUCAGUUGUUGAGGAACUACAUUAAGCCUAAUGAACGUGGCCAGAAAGCUCGCGAUUACAAGUUCCCUCGGGGUACCACAUCUUGGCUCAAGGAGAAGGUUAUCAAGAAGGAUGAUAUUGGAAAAUAUGUCACUAUUCAAGAAUUGGGCGCAGAAGAGGAUUCUAAUGUUGUGGAGAGGAUGGAGGUUGAUUCAUAGUUUAGUUACCUACCUUUUUUAGUGCUGAUGAUAGCAAGAAUGAGUUGAUAAUCGCC